CGAGUUAGCAUUCAGUUGAGCGCCGAACACGUUCGAAGCAGGUCGUGUUCCGUAUAAGCCUCUUGCCUCCUCAGUGUGGUGUGGUGGUGUUGUACUGCUCUACUCUACUCUACUUAUUAUACCCCCGAAACGAGCCUCUUGAAUAGAGUGUAAGAUUUUCCCCCCAUCGAUCGAAGAAAAAUGACAGUGUGAAAAGAAAAGCAGAGAGCGCGUGUAGAGAAGAAGGAAAGAAAAGAGUGUUGUAGGAAAAUCGAUUUGACGAAAGUGCACAGGGAGAAUCAAAGAAAGCUGGUGAACGGAAAACCCAAGGAGUAACGAACACUACCACCCCCCGUCCGCCCAGAGCCCAGACCCAGUAGAGUGCCCUCACUCUGCUAGAGAAAGGCAGCAGGACCCCGCAAGGAAGUUGAAGUUGUCAAGCAGGAGUUGAAAAAGUAGAGAGCACAAGCUGCUCGUGAGUGACCCCCGCAACAAGGAGGGUUGAAUCCUCGGAAUCAGCAGCAGAAGGCAGGAAAAACAGUUGCGCAACCCUAACGUGUGCGUGUGUGUGUGUGUCUUUCCCUGAUUCUAGAAAGUGGCAGAUUUUGAGACCUUAGGGUCUUUCAACGGUCCACGCAUAGAAACACACCACAAGCCAUGUCCUCCGAGACCGGUAGGACGGACUCGUACCGAGUCGCCACGGUGGCACCGCUGAAGGAUGACAACCGAACCGCUGACGGCCAAUACAAGUCAAGACGCAAAAUGCCACCAAAGAAGAAAGGAGAUAAUUUGGAUGAUCUGAAACAGGAGUUGGACAUCGAUUUUCAUAAAAUCACACCAGAAGAACUGUACCAGCGACUACAGACACAUCCAGAAAAUGGUCUCAGCCAUGCGAAAGCAAAGGAGAACCUAGAACGAGAUGGACCAAACGCACUUACCCCACCUAAACAGACGCCCGAAUGGGUCAAGUUCUGUAAGAAUCUCUUCGGUGGCUUCGCUAUGCUGCUGUGGAUCGGUGCUAUCCUAUGUUUCGUUGCCUACUCGAUCCAGGCCAGUACCGUCGAGGAACCGGCCGACGAUAACCUGUACCUCGGUAUUGUGCUGUCCGCCGUCGUGAUAGUUACCGGUAUUUUCUCGUAUUAUCAGGAAUCGAAAAGUUCGAAGAUUAUGGAAUCGUUCAAGAACAUGGUGCCCCAGUUCGCUACCGUCCUGCGUGAGGGUGAGAAGCUGACACUGCGCGCCGAAGAUCUCGUCAUCGGUGACGUCGUUGAGGUCAAGUUUGGCGAUAGGAUACCGGCCGAUGUGCGCGUCAUCGAAGCCCGAAACUUCAAGGUCGACAACUCGUCGCUGACCGGAGAAUCGGAACCGCAGUCCCGUGGACCGGAUUUCACCCAUGAAAACCCGCUGGAAACCAAGAAUCUGGCCUUCUUCUCGACCAACGCCGUCGAAGGUACUGCCAAGGGUGUCGUCAUCAGCUGCGGAGAUCACACCGUAAUGGGUCGUAUUGCCGGUCUCGCCUCCGGUCUGGACACCGGUGAGACUCCAAUCGCCAAGGAAAUUCACCAUUUCAUCCAUCUGAUUACCGGCGUCGCUGUGUUCCUCGGUGUUACCUUCUUCGUCAUUGCCUUCAUCCUCGGCUAUCACUGGCUGGACGCUGUCAUCUUCCUGAUCGGUAUCAUCGUCGCCAACGUCCCGGAAGGUCUGCUGGCCACCGUCACCGUAUGUUUGACCCUCACUGCCAAGCGUAUGGCCUCGAAGAACUGUUUGGUCAAGAAUCUGGAAGCCGUCGAAACUCUCGGCUCGACCUCGACCAUCUGCUCGGAUAAGACCGGUACCCUGACCCAGAACCGUAUGACCGUUGCUCACAUGUGGUUCGACAAUCAAAUCAUCGAAGCCGACACCACUGAGGACCAGAGUGGUGUUCAGUACGAUCGCACCAGCCCCGGAUUCAAGGCUCUGUCCCGCAUCGCUACCCUGUGCAACCGCGCCGAAUUCAAGGGAGGUCAGGAUGGUGUCCCAAUUCUGAAGAAGGAAGUCAGCGGUGAUGCUUCUGAAGCUGCUCUGCUCAAGUGUAUGGAACUGGCUCUCGGAGAUGUCCUGAGCAUUCGUAAGCGCAACAAGAAGGCUGCCGAAAUUCCAUUCAACUCGACCAACAAGUACCAGGUUUCCAUCCACGAAACUGAAGACGCCAGCGAUCCACGCUACCUGCUCGUCAUGAAGGGUGCCCCCGAACGAAUCCUGGAACGCUGCUCGACCAUCUUCAUCAACGGCAAGGAAAAGAUGAUGGACGAAGAGAUGAAGGAAGCCUUCAACAAUGCCUACCUGGAACUCGGAGGUCUCGGUGAACGUGUGCUCGGAUUCUGCGACUUCAUGCUGCCAUCGGACAAAUUCCCCGCCGGAUUCAAGUUCAACUCGGAAGAAGUCAACUUUCCCUGUGAAAACCUGCGCUUCGUCGGCCUCAUGUCCAUGAUUGACCCUCCCCGUGCCGCUGUCCCGGAUGCUGUUGCCAAGUGCCGCUCCGCCGGUAUCAAAGUAAUCAUGGUUACCGGUGAUCACCCGAUCACUGCCAAGGCCAUUGCCAAAUCGGUCGGUAUUAUCUCGGAGGGCAACGAAACCGUCGAAGACAUUGCCCAGCGUCUAAAUAUCCCGGUUUCGGAGGUUAAUCCACGUGAGGCUAAGGCCGCCGUUGUGCAUGGUUCAGAGCUGCGUGAUCUCUCUUCGGACCAGAUAGAUGAAAUCCUGCGCUACCACACGGAGAUUGUGUUUGCCCGUACCUCGCCCCAGCAGAAGCUGAUCAUCGUCGAAGGUUGCCAACGGAUGGGUGCCAUCGUAGCUGUCACCGGUGAUGGUGUCAACGAUUCGCCUGCCCUGAAGAAGGCCGACAUCGGUGUUGCUAUGGGUAUCGCCGGGUCCGAUGUGUCCAAGCAGGCCGCCGACAUGAUCCUGCUCGAUGACAACUUUGCUUCGAUCGUUACCGGCGUUGAGGAGGGUCGUCUGAUUUUCGACAAUCUGAAGAAGUCGAUCGCAUACACGCUGACAUCCAACAUUCCGGAGAUCUCGCCCUUCUUGGCGUUCAUUCUGUGCGACAUUCCGCUCCCGCUCGGUACCGUCACCAUUCUGUGCAUCGAUCUGGGAACUGACAUGGUACCCGCCAUUUCGCUGGCCUACGAGCACGCUGAGUCCGACAUCAUGAAGCGACCGCCUCGCGAUCCAUUCAAUGACAAACUCGUGAACGAAAGACUUAUCUCGAUGGCCUACGGUCAGAUCGGUAUGAUCCAGGCUGCCGCCGGUUUCUUCGUCUACUUUGUCAUCAUGGCCGAGAACGGAUUCUUGCCGCUGCACCUGUUCGGUCUCCGCAAGGGAUGGGACUCGAAGGCCGUCAACGAUCUGACUGAUUCCUACGGACAGGAAUGGACCUACCGCGACCGCAAGACACUGGAAUUCACCUGCCACACCGCGUUCUUCGUGUCCAUUGUCGUCGUCCAGUGGGCCGAUUUGAUCAUCUGUAAGACUCGCCGUAACUCGAUUUUCCACCAGGGCAUGAGAAACUGGGCGCUCAACUUCGGUCUCGUGUUCGAGACGAUACUGGCUGCGGUCCUAUCCUACACCCCCGGAAUGGACAAGGGCCUGCGCAUGUUCCCACUCAAAUUCGUUUGGUGGCUGCCAGCCUUGCCGUUCAGCUUGUCCAUCUUCGUGUACGAUGAAAUUCGUCGUUUCUACUUGAGACGCAACCCAGGCGGCUGGUUAGAGCAAGAAACGUACUAUUAGGUCAACAAAUUUAUAUUUAAAAAGAUUAAUUAAAAAGAAGGAAAAACCGAAAAAGGAGAUAAAAAAGAACAGUAAAAAAAAUAACAAAAAAUGAGCAUAAAAAAGUAAUUAUAUUUUUUUAAUUAUUAAAUUUAUAUAAAGUUAUAAAUUAUGAUUUCCACACAGACACACACAAACACACGAAGAAAAAGUAAGAAGAUGAAAUACUAGCGAAAACAAAAAUCGUAAAGAAGAUAAGAAGCAGUAUCUCCCGUCCUCAUCGAACUCAAUUCCCCCUGUGCACAUUCACACAUAAAAGAAAGCCCCCCGAUACCCCCCGCUCCCCUCCCCCCCCCUUCGCAUCUAUAGGUAUCUCACGCACACACACACUCCCACACGCGUAUGGAUGUUCGUACAUCUGUCUGUCGUCAUCAAUCUUGAAGAGAUAUAAAUUUGUGUAAUAAUUGGAGAAGAGAGUCACACGCGCCAAAACACCAGCCAGCUCGUCGUCGUCGUCAUCGUUGUUUGUCGUACAAAAACCAAGUGAGGAAGUGAUGCCAUACAGCAGCAGCGUGCCUAAUGUAACAUGAGUAAUACAAAACAAAACGCGAGCGACUUCGGUUGAACCAACACAUUCGCACCUCCCCCUUUAAACAACCCACCCACGUUCACCUGCUCACACAAACACACACACACAUUCACAUACACACACAUAUACGCCAGUUGCGCAUUUUCGGAGCAGCUAAUCGUUAAUGAAGAAAAAUCGCGCGUUCGUGUUAGUUUUUAACCAGGCAGAGACUUUAGAAGCCUAAACAAAAGGGAAGAGAGGACAUUUUACUAACUAAUAAAAAAAAAAAAGCAAAAGGAAAACUAAAGUAUAAUCCGUGUGCGCUACCUUUUGUCACAGUUGUCGGCACUUGCGUUUGCGUUUUCCGGAUGGGCGCACAUUCACAUAUAGCAGAGUUACACAACAUGCCCCCCAGGCCCCGCCCACCCGCGCAUACACGAAGUGUGUGUGUGUGUCGUGUGGAUGGUCUCGUUCGCCAUACUGACUAAUGUUCGUCGUGUACACACAUACAUACAAACGCGCAUACAUACAUUCACAACUUCUCGUGCGCUCGGCAAUGCACUACCACUCUCCAUCGGAAAAGCCCCACCCUCCCUUCCACCCUUUUUGUCUGUCUCUGUCUCUCUUUGCUAUUCCUCACUCUCAUCUCGUACUAUCCCGCCGCGCUUUCCCGCGAUACCCCCGAAUCCCCCUUUUCGCCCCCUGUCCCCUAAACAGCCGCCACCCCUCUCCCCUCUCUAUCUUUCAUCAUUCUCUUAUUAUUAAUAAAUUAAAAAUAAAAAAGAAAUGAAAUCAACUCGUUGUUAGUUACAAAGAAAAGCUAAUUUAAAAAAUUUAAAAAUAAUGAAGAAACUCUAGAAGUAGUGAGAAGAAUCAACAAAGAACUAAAAUUUAGUAGAAGCAAACUAAGAAGAAAAAAAAAACAAGGAUAAGCGCAAGGAAAAAUUGUUAACGAAAGUGAAGUGAAUAUAUUAGAAGAGAAUAAAAGUUGUUUUAAAGAUUGUUUUUAUUCCUUCUCUCGUGUUGGUGUAUACUCCUUUCCCGUCGAAUGUUUUCCCCUUCCUUUUUAGUUUCAACCUCCUUCUUCAGUUUUGUUGUGUCAUCUUUCAGUUUCCCUGUUCCCCCUUCCUUUCCCCUACUAUCGUAAAAUGUGUUUUCUCGUUUACCAUUUCUCAUAGAAGAUCGCUUCCCACCUUCCCGUGGGUUGGUUCCAUCGUCUUCCUCCCAAAGAGGGCCGUGUCCAGCCGGGGAGACUUUACCAAGUUUCCCCGCUGUCGAGCAACUAAUCCCCAGCCCGCCCUUCCCGGGAGAAGACACA